UUCAUCCUACAUAAUUCAUCUCCAUCACUGCUUAGCAAGAUGCCGACCGUACAUAAAUUGCUGCUGGAGGAAGCUUUACAGGACAGUCCACAGACACGCACAUUGCUCAGUGUCUUUGAAGAGGAUGCAAGCACUCUUACAGACUACACCAACCAACUCCUGCAGUCUAUGCAAAGAGUGUUUGGUGCUCAGAAUGAGAUGUCUCUGGCAACCGAACAGCUCUCCAAACAAUUACUUAAAUAUGAGAAACAGAACUUUGCUCUUGGAAAGGGAGAUGAAGAGGUGAUCAGCACACUUCAGCACUUUGCCAAAACCAUGGAAGAGUUGAACUCCCUGCACAAGAAUUUGGCCAGUCAGCUUGCAGAAAGGAUGGUGUAUCCCAUGGUGCAGUUCAGGGAGAAGGACCUCACUGAAAUAAGCACGCUGAAAGAAAUUUUUGGCAUUGCUAGUGAUGAGCAUGAAGCAGCCAUGAUCAAAUACAGCAGACUACCCAAGAGGAGGGAAAAUGAAAAGCUGAAAUCAGAGCUAACUGGUGAGGUGGCGUUCUGUCGGAGGAAGCAGCACCAGGCCUCUAUGCAGUAUUACUGUGCUCUUAAUGCUUUACAGUACAGGAAGAGAGUAGCCAUGCUGGAGCCCAUGUUGGGAUACACACAAGCUCAGGUUAACUUCUUUAAGAAAGGAAUAGAACUGGCCUCUAAGAAAAUGGACACUUUCCUUGCUUCUGUAAGCACUAUGUCUGAGAGUAUUCAGGCACAGUUGGAUGCUGAGGCAGAGAGUAUGCGUAUGACCCAGAGAGACUUGUUAUCAGUGGAAGAUACAGUCUACAUGCCUGAUCAAGACCAGGAACCAGUAAAUCGCGCACUCAUCCAAAAAGCAGGCUACCUCAACAUUAGAAAUAAGACAGGCCUGGUCAGCACAGCCUGGGACCGACUCUACUUCUUCACACAGGGAGGAAACCUGAUGUGCCAGCCACGUGGCGCUGUAGCAGGGGGCAUGGUGCUCGACUUGGACAACAGCUCUGUCAUGGCUGUCGAGUGCGAGGACAGGCGCUACUGCUUUCAGAUCACGUCACCGACCGGAAAAACGUCUAUGAUUCUUCAAGCAGAGAGCAAAAAGGAGUAUGAAGAGUGGAUCUGCACCGUUAACAACAUUUCUAGACAGAUCUACCUGUCUGAUAACCCUGAGGCAGUGGCCAUUCGGCUGAAUCAGACAGCCAUCCAGGCGGUUACUCCCAUAACCAGCUUUGAGAGAAGAGCAGAGGGCUCACCCAACCCAGACAGGGCUAAGCCAGGCUCUGCGCUCCCUCCUACCAUUACAAAGCCCCUUGCUGCUUCUGCUGUUCCAGAGCCUGAAGACCUAAUCGCCCCUGGAACGCCCAUCCAGUUCGAUAUUGUGCUGCCUGCUUCAGAAUUCCUGGAUCAGAACAGGACAGGAGGAAGACGCACAAACCCUUUUGGAGAAACAGAAGUGGACAGUUCAUCAAGUGCUGAUGCUGAUGACUCGCUGCUGCAGCAGGUGUUUGCUGUACGUUUUCUGGGUUCUAUGGCUGUCCGCUCAGGAUAUACACAGGAAGUUAUCUAUGAGGCCAUGAGGCAGGUGCUGGCUGCUCGGGCCAUACAUAACAUCUUCAAAACCAGUGAGUCCCAUCUGAUGGUGACCAGUAGCUGCCUCCGGUUAAUCGAUCCUCAGACACAGGUUACUAAAGUUAGUUUCAACCUAAAAGAUGUUACCCAGUUUGCAGCUCAUAAGGAGAACAGUCGGCUCAUGGGUUUUGUGGUGGAGGGGAGAGACUGGAGCGAGGAAGAGGUGGAGGCUGAGCCAUCCUUUAGUGCCUUUGUGUUUGAGAGCAAUACUGAAGGAGAGAAGAUCUGCUACACAAUAAAUCUUGGAAAGGAGAUCACUGCAGCAAAGAUGGACCCGGAGGCUCUUGCCCACCUUAUGAAGUCCGUGCCUCUGACCAACGACGGGAAGUUCCUGUUGUUGGAGAGUGAGACAGGAGAGGAGGCAAACGGUGAAGGACUGGAAGACCUGGAGUCUGAGGCCUGAUGAUUUAUCAGGAUAAGUGAUGAUCCAGGGUCAGGUGUUGCUGCUCAUAUCCUAACGUAAAACGGUGGGCAUUGUUCCUAAACGCAGAAGAUAAAACUGACUGUUUGCUUUUAAAGUAUGGUACAUUCUGGCUCUACUCUAAUAUCCCACACUCCUCAAUACAAAUGUUAAAUUUAUAGAGUUAUAAAGAUGUAGGUACACAUAGGAAGACUUCAGCUAUGCUAAAGAUGUGAUCAUGUGCAUAGGAAUCUUGCAAGUGUAUCUGCAUGUGCACUAUUAAUCCAAUCAUUGUUAAUUCGAUAAGAUACAGUUUAAACAAGUACUUUCAAAAUCUGAUUAUUAAAUAAUCAGCAGUAAUCAAAUGAAGUAGGGAUGCUGACACCUUACUACUGUAAACUAAAGUAAAAGCAUAAUUAUAGCUAGCCCAAGAAAUUCCACUGCUGACUGACUCUUGUAGAUUUUCAUAUUAUUAUUACUAGGUGCAUUGCAUAAAAACUCAUUAAUUGGAUUAAUGCCAAAAUCUCAACAGUUUUCUGAUUAUUCUGUACAUGCAAAGGCACUCUGUAAACCCAGGCUGAAUUGGCUUAGCUUUCAUUAUCAUCAGACUCAUAACUGCUAAAGAACUUAAAUACAUUAAAUGUGUUGAUACUAUUUUAAGGUGCACACAGCAGGUGAGAAGAAAAUAUGAGGCUGCUUAAAAGCCUUAGAGUCAGAGCCUCUCCGAGGAGUCAAAUAUUGGAUAGAUUUAUUUCUUCCAUGCUGCUUACCUACAGUAUCUCUCAGGGCUAGAUGUACUUAGCCUUUUACGCUUACUGUCAGGCUCAGUUCGAUUACAUUCUGCAUUAAAAAAAAGAAAGAAAAAAGAAAAUUUUACGCAUUGUGCUGUAGCCUAAACAAGAUUUGUUAUUGGCAACUCACCAGCUGCUUGUUUCUUCCUUCUGAAUAUGCAAACAAGGAAGGAUGGUGCAGGAGGUAGGGGAUUCACAUGAAAAUAGGGUGGAGAUUGAAGUGCUCUUUAAUAUACAGUAUAUAUAUAUAUAUGUUAAUAUAUAUAUUCUGAUUCAUUUAAGGUUUGGGCAAUUUAAGGUUUGGGCAAAAAGCCCCCCCAAACCCCCCCCCAAAACACACACACACACACAAUUUCCUAAGUCUUCUUAAUUGUUGCAGGGAGUGUUUACAAAGUCAACACUGAUUCUAGUCCAGAUAUAUCUAGAACAGGGGUCAGCAACCUAUUGCAUGAGUGCCACAGCUAGCACGUGGGACACAUCUGCCUGUCAUGGUAAUUUGUGAUAGUAAUAACAGUAAACGUAUUUCAAACUCAGGGCUGUGCCUUACUGAUUGGACGCUUACUUAGCUUACUUACUCUGCUAGGGCGGGAUGACCGGACUAUGUGGGUGGGGUCUUCAAACGCUGUGUAAGGACCCUGAUUGGCAGAUAGAGAGGCGCCUGUGCAGAGUGCAUGCGUGAAAAAGGGUUCCGCUAAGGGCUGCGCACGGGUCGGAGGAGGAGUGAGCAGCAAUAUACUCUCCUCGACUGCAAUCAGGGAUCCCCCAGCAGCGGAAGACAAAUUGACUAUCUGAUUGACCGCCAAUCUGAGACAAAACAUCAAAGUUCAUUUAAGGAUGAUGCUGACAAAAUGCAUGGUUUUAUUAGUUAGAAUGGGUGUCCCUAUAUUUUUGUCCAUAUAGUGUACAAAAAAAGGUUGCCGACCCCUGAUCUAGAAUAUAGUAUUUAAGACUACAGUCCACAACAGCAAAGGAAUAAAGUUCAAGUAUGUGAUUUUUACAUGACAGAAUAUUCUGUUCUCAAUAGUGUUUUUAUUAGAUACAAUCUAAUAUUAGACAUCACCUGUGUCCUUCAAUGACAUUCUCGUUUACUUUCGUACAUCUAGUCCUCAGUGUGCUGCAGGACUAAGAAGCCUAAUACCAAGGGUGCUGUUUUAAUACAUUAUCAUCUUUAAUUGGUUCAGAGUUUUUUGCUGCUGAAUCAUCAAGGCUGUGUGUUUCAAUAACAGCUACAAGAGUCUGUACUUUUCUGAUGUUCUUUCCUUUUACCUGUGAUUUUAUUAUAUCUGCUAAGCACAGGGCAGUAAUAUGAGGUGUAAUAAGCCAGCAGUUACAGGGCUUUGUGAACUCUUGGGAGUUAUCUGGAUUUCUGCAUUUUCAGCAAUAUUUGGUCUGAUCUAAACUAGUCACAUACAAAGCAUUGUUUUAUUCAUGUCUUCAUUCAACAAAUGAAUUAAUCCUUCAUAAUCCAGAUUGGAAAAACGAUGUGAACAAAACCGUAAUGUGUCCAGUAGCUGCUGAUUAAAACUCCUUCUGACAAUUGUCCAAAUUUGAGCAUAUUCAGAGAAUUCUUUAAGGUCUUGUAUUUGGCUGUUCCAAAAAUGUGGAAAUCAGUCUCAAGCAGUUUUCCCUCAAGACUGUGAAGGGAGCACCUUUGAACUUAAAUGUGGUAAAGCUUCAAUUAAUGGAACGCUACCCUGACAAUGUUCUAUUGUUAGGCUGAGAUUUUGUGUUGUUGGUUUGUAGCCUUUUCCUUUUUGCACCUUACACCACUCAAUGCUGUACAUUUAGUCCAACCUUUGGAUGAAAUAAGACAUAUGGCCGAGACACUGUCCCAAGUUUUUUUUAUUUUGGCAUUGGACCAUUCAGUAGUAUCUUUUCAAAGAGCUGGUUGUUCUUCCUCUAACGGUCCCUUAACAAGAAGACAUAUUUGUAUGUCUUAACAUCUAAAGCUGUGCUCUUGGUGUACUCUUUGCACACAAUCCCAAGUAAAGGAAGCACAUCUUAUAAUGAAUUAAUAAUUAAUUCAAAAAUUGAGGUAACUCCAAAGAUACCACAAAUGUUUAAACUGUUUAGCUUAGCUUAGUUUUCUGAUACCUACCAAUGAGUUAAACAAGUCUGCUUGCUAUAAGCAAAACAUUCAUCCCAUUCCAAGAGUUAAGUUGCAUGUAGAUUGCGGAUAAUUGCACUAUUAUUAUUUCAUGGUAAUGGUACUGUAAUCCACAUACAGUCCACUCACUCUGUAAAGAGCUAGAACUUUCUCUCUAAGAACUGUGAACAUGGUUUAGACCAGGGGUCUUCAACCUGUGAGUACU